AUGUCGAGUGGAGAAAUUGAGAACCUGGCUUAUGUCGAUAUCCAACACGACGCUCUAGCAGUAUUUGACGAUGUGGAUCAAGGUACGGUCCUUUCAGAAGAUAUUUGGAUAUCAGGAUACCAAUUUGGGGAAACUUCCUUACAUGGUAAAGCGAAAGUCAUAGUGAAAGAAGGGGGAGGAUCAGAAUUAGUACCUAGAGAAGGAGUCAAAAUUGAGAGAAUAUCAAAGACAACUUUCAACGCUACGAUACCUUCUCUAUCUAUCCAAAAUCGUUUAAUCAAAUUUCCAAAACAAGUUAUCAAUCCUCCUUAUACGAAGAAAUCGGAUCUUGACGCUCCCUUACAUAUCAAUUGCGCUUCGCUCAACCCGAAAUCAGCCCAUAUAGUAUUAGGUGGACCUGAUGGAUAUUGUGUUAUUUUACCUACAUCAUUGAAUACAUCUACAUCAGAGAAGCCAGUCAUGCUACAAGGUCAUGUGGGGGAUGUCAGAGAUGUUAAAUGGUUUCCAAGUGGAGAAGUAAUCUUAACAGCUUCAUCAGAUUUAUCAAUAAGGAUAUAUGGUAAAAAUGGUAUAAAUCCAAGAACUUUACGUGGUCAUACAAGAGCUAUAACCUGUAUACAUAUAAUCGGAAUUGGUAAAACAAUUUUAUCAGGUAGUAAAGAUGGUACAAUCAGACUGUGGGAUAUAAGUAAGAAUGAGGAAAUUGAUCGUUGGUUAAUUGGUACUUCAUCAAGAAAAGCCGUAGAUUCAAUGAUAAUUCUCAAUGUUAACGACCCUACGAUACUAGGAAUUCAAGAUGUAAAUGUGGAUAGUAUAAUGUUACUCAAUGUACAAGAUGGUAUUUGGAUACAGCCAUUCUCUACAUCAACAUCAAAAGGAGAAGAAAAAGAAGAAGGCUGGUUUGUCAAAAAUCAAUCUGAAAGUCAAUUGUUAUCAAUUGCACAUCAAGAUGGAAUAGUUGUAUCAGGUUAUACAAAUGGUAUGAUCGAAAUCAUGGAUUUAGAAAACCUGAGAAAACCAUCCAAGGCUACUGCAACCAAUUCAGAUCAAGGAGAAAGCCAAGUAAUAGGAAGGAUAAAACGGAUCAAAAGGAACGAAUCUCCGAUUUACAGUUUAGUCUUGACGAAAGUUGAAGAUUCGCAAGAGGAAGGGAGAUUCAAUUUGUAUGUAGGGACUGCAGCUGGUUUACCAUGUGUAUUGAGUAUAAUGAAGACGGAAAAUGGGUUCAGAGUGGAAACAAAAGAGGAAUUGGCUGGAUGGGAAGCCGUAGGUGUCGAAGCUUGGGCAAUAGGGAAAGAAGGAGAAGUAUGGUGUGCCGGAGGUGAAGGUGGUUUGAGACGGUACUAG